AUGUAUAUAUUUUGUAGAUUUACUAAUCAUGUUCAAUCGACUUUUUCUCAAUGCUUAUUUAUCAACACUGGAAUAGUACUUCUACUUUUAUCUAUUGGAACUCUUGAUAUAAUAAUGAAUUUUAAUAAUCAUAUGAAUGCUCUUCGAAUAGGCUUUGUAUGGAUUGCAGUUGUACUAUAUCUAUUUAAAAUUAGCUGGGCGGGCCAAAUGAUAGUAGAUAUUAAUUGUAAAAUCCUAAAAUCAAUCUAUUUUUGUGGUUGGUAUAAUCUUCCUCCUGAAACGCAGUACCUGAUGAAAUUUAUGAUGAUGCGUUGUAAUAUUCCUUUCGAAUUGAAGGCUGGUCCAUUGUUAAAUUUAAACGUUGAAUCAUUCGCUAAUGUUUUGAAGAUGUCAUUAUCAUAUUUCACGGUUCUGUUAUCCGUGAGUCAAUAA